AUGGUGGCCAGCUCGCAGGGAGGCAUGAACAUACACAUACACACACACACACACACACAUACCUACCUACCUACAUACAUACACACACAGCUUAACUCUCCCACACUGCUGCAGGGUCCCGUGAUGGUGGGCAGCUCGCAGGGAGGCAUGAACAUCGAGGACGUGGCGGCGGAACACCCCGACGCGAUCGUCCGCAUGCCCAUAGACAUCGUCGACGGCCUCGACACGGACACCGCGCUCAAGAUGGCCGACAAGAUGGAAUUCUCGCGCAACCUGCAGCCGCAGGCCGCGGAGCAGAUGGUGCGGCUGUACAACCUUUUCGUCGCGAAGGACGCCUCGAUGAUCGAGAUCAACCCAAUGGCAGAGGAUGCGACGGGAACGAUCUACUGCAUGGACGCCAAGUUCAACUUUGACGACAAUGCCGAGUAUAGGCAGAAGGAUGUGUUUGCGAUGCGUGACUGGAGCCAGGAGGAUUCGCGUGAGAUGGAGGCCGCAAACUUCAACCUCAACUACAUCCACCUCGACAGUGACAUCGGCUGCAUCA